AUGAAUUCGACUUUAAUUAAUACAAGUAAUGGUAGCCCAGCUUGUCAUGAUCAACAAUCAUCAUAUGAGCCAACUUCAAUUCAUUCAGCUUUAAUCAAUGAAAUUUAUGAUAUACCUAUGAUAGAAAUUAGCCGUCCAUUACUAUCAAUUCUUGAUGAAGAUAAAGUCAGAUCAUUAAUGGAAACUAUUCAAUCGGUGGAUUCUGAUCAAAUUCCACCGAUUGAUGUUCUCUGGUAUGAAGCACCAAAUUCUGGAAAUAAUUAUUUUUUUUCCAUGGGUGGUUGCCAUCGUUGGGAAGCUCAUAAACGUUUAAAUUUACCGACCAUUCGAGCGAAACUUAUUCGAACGACAUUAAAAGAUUUAGAAGUUUAUUUCGGUUCAUCUCUGUCUAAUUUAGCAUAA